CGGCUCUGUCUCCACCCGCGCGGCCACCUCGCGCGGGCCACGUCCCCGACCUGGGCCUGGCUUGGCUCCUCCGGCUCUCAGUUCCGAAAACCCUCGGGCCUCAGACCCAGGCGAGGUAUCCGGCAGGGAGCGGGGACUGAUGGGCCAGCCCUCCUGCGGCGGAGGCGGGGCAGGGUUGCGGGCCCGCGGGGCGGGGCGGCCCUGAGGAGGCAGGACUCGCAGCAGGACCCGGCAGAGGCUGCACACGCGAGGCGAGGUCUGAGCUCCCCGAGUCUCACAGCUGCCUCGCUUUCAAGUGGAAUACUCAGCUGGGGCCCAGACUCAGGCCAGCCUUGCGGAAAGAAGGAACGAAGAUGGGUGCUCCUUAAGUGGAGGCAGGCAGCCUGGACCGCGACCUCUGGGAGAGCAUGGUGACCCCCUGGCGCUUCUCUGUCAGGGUCUGCUUGUCGCACCUAAGGGGCUUGGAGCUCAGAAAGGACCUCGGCCUUUUGAGACCCUCUGGGUGCUGUCGCAAGGCUAGACUCUGUUGGCUUCUGCUUGGCACUUUGCCGAAACUCAUCUCAGCCUCUGAGGACAUUGGCAAGGGGGUCCCUGAGAGCUUGUGUCGGCAAAGGACCAGUUGGAGUGACCUGGCUGAAAACGGGCCACUGGAGAGAGUCCCCCCGGAGCAGCGGCUAGGCUGCCUCCUUCUGCACUUGCGGAUCUGGCUCCGCGCGGGGGCGCUCUUGGUGAAAUUCUUCCCCCUCCUUUUACUCUACCCCCUCACCUACCUGGCUCCCAGCGUCUCCAGGCUCUGGCUCCACCUGCUUCUGAAAGCCACCGAGACCUCCGGUCCAACAUACAUCAAACUCGGCCAGUGGGCCAGCACCCGGCGUGAUCUCUUCUCAGAGGCUUUCUGUGCGCAGUUCUCCAAGCUGCACGUCCAGGUGACGCCCCAUCCUUGGACCCACACUGAACACUUCCUACGGCAGGCCUUCGGAGAGGACUGGGGAAGGGUCCUUUGCUUUGAGAAGCAGGAGCCUGUGGGUUCCGGCUGCGUGGCCCAAGUGUACAAAGCACGUGCCAAUCCUGCCUUCCUGGAGAAUGACAGCAUCCGGAGACUGGCCACAGCCUCCAGACUGCAGCUUUCUUCGGAAGCCGGGAAAGUCCGGGGGCUGGGAGAGCUCCUUGGACACUUGGGGAAGGCGUGGAGGCCUCAAGGAAGUCUUGCCGACCAGUCAUUUCUAGAAGGGCUGCUCUUCCCUAAAGCUGACCUGGUUGGAUCGAAUACAGCCUUGUCUCAGGCUUCGGGACUUGCCCAUGGACCACAGCCAGAUCACCUCAUCCCCGUGGCCGUGAAAGUGUUGCACCCUGGCCUGCUUGCUCAGGUGCAGAUGGACCUGCUGCUGAUGAAGAUGGGCAGCCGAGUCCUUGCACUUUUGCCAGGAAUCAAGUGGCUCAGCUUGCCUGAGAUUGUGGAGGAAUUUGAGAAGCUCAUGGUGCAACAGAUUGACCUGCGUUAUGAAGCUCGGAAUCUAGAACACUUCCAAUGCAACUUCCUGAAUGUGAACUCUGUCAAAUUCCCCACCCCUCUGCGUCCCUUUGUCACCAGGGAUGUCUUGGUGGAAACGUAUGAAGAGAGUGUGCCUGUGUCUAGUUACCAGCAAGCAGGGAUUCCCGGGGACGUGAAGAGGAAGAUUGCGCGGCUGGGGAUCAACAUGCUCCUGAAGAUGAUAUUUGUGGACAACUUUGUCCAUGCGGACCUUCACCCUGGGAACAUCCUGGUUCAGGGCGCCGACGGUCUUCCCAAGAGCCAAGAGGCGCAGCCUCAGCAGGUAGAUGUCUGUGACGCGCUGGCAGUGGCUGUGACGCCUGCCCGGUGCCCGCUGUGCCUGGUGCUUCUGGACGCCGGCAUUGUGGCCGAGCUGCAGGCUGCCGACCUGAGGAACUUCCGGGAAGUCUUCAUGGCCGUGGUGAUGGGGCAGGGCCAAAGAGUGGCUGAGCUCAUCCUGCAUCAUGCCCGGGCCAGUGAGUGCAAGGAUGUGGAGGGAUUUAAGGCUGAGAUGGCCAGGCUGGUGACCCAGGCCAGGAAGAACACCAUCACGCUGGAAAAGCUUCAAGUUUCCAUCCUUCUCUCGAAUGUCUUUAAGUUGCUGAUGACUCACAAGGUAAAGCUUGAGAGCAACUUUGCCUCAAUUGUGUUUGCCAUCAUGGUGUUGGAGGGGCUUGGCCGCUCACUGGACCCUAAACUGGACAUCCUGGAGGCAGCAAAGCCCUUCCUUCUGCCAGGACUAGCGACCUCCCGCUGACUGCAGCAGUGGGUGCUUCAUCUCAACUGGAGGCCACUCCCAACAGCCUCUCCUGUGGCAGCUUGAACUUUCUAAAAUUGGGAUUGUGGAAGACCUGCCACUGCUUUUCACUCCGAUUUGGUUUCAGGCAUCUGUCUUAAAAGCUUUGGGUUAGUUGGAGAAGUAAAGGGAAAGAAGGUCCUCUCGGUUCAGUCGUGGAAGCUGUGCCUGGUGUCAGGGAGACUCUAUUUCAGGGAAAAUGUUCUCUGAAGGAGGACGAAUAAACUUAUUUUGUUUUCUGGUUUUUCCCUCUUCUCAUCUUAACCCUCUGUACUCCCGGAUCAGGUGGGUCCUGCUGGUUGUUUCCAGACUCUGAUAUCUAGGUUAGAAAAUGUCAUAGACUCCCGUAGGCCCAUGGCUUCCAAAUGUCUUUUGUUUUUUGUUUUUUUUGGUGCACUGCUUGCGGGAUCUUAGUUCCCCGACCGGGGACUGAACCCGGGCCCUCGGCAGUGAAAGCACAGUCCUAACCACUGGACCACCAGGGAAUUCCCCACAGUAUUUUGUGUUUUUUGUUUGUUUGUUUUGUUUCAAAUGUUUUGAUUAUGUGCCCUGUUGGUAAAAAGUUGCAUAUAUUUAUAUAUACAUGCACAUAUAUCAGUUUUAUACAGGUGCUACCAUCACUAGCCAAUCUCUGGAGGCACAGCCUUCACUUAGGGCAAGUGUCACUGUAUCUCAAAUUAUCCUCUGGACAAUUUAAAAUAUUUUUUGCCAACCUCUUGCUAAGUUGUAUUAUAAGGUAAAAGGAAAAAACCACAAUGAUUAAUGGUUAAUGUGACAUACUAGAUAUAGGAACAGAAUCAGCUCUGCCGUUCUUCUUAAAGAUCCCCUGCGCUCACAUAUUAGCAUUUAGAUUCUGGUUUUUCUGAGCAACGUUCAGGCCCUUGUGCAUGUGCCCAGGGUUAAUUUCAGUUAAUAUUAACAUAUAGAUAAUAUAAUGAGUACAUCCUGUUAACCAGGACUGGAAAUCCACGGUAGCACUCAGUGACACUCCAGCAGCGAAGGAAGGGGUGGCGGCCACUGCCGCCCUCUGCACUGGGCUCAUCUACGGACUAUUGUCUCAAAGCUGGUCUGACGUGUGUCUGGCCCACAUGGAUGUAGAGGGUCGCAGGGUCAGCUUGUAGAGUGGAUAUCAGUAAAGCUUAAUUUCUUGUUUUUGAUAAAAAUAGUAUUUUCCCCACAUUCCAGUGGAUUCUCCUCGUUUUGGAGACCACGGCUCUAGACAGUGAGUGGAAGCUCAAGCCUCCCUGCUCUCUAAAAGUCCUGCUCUGACCACAGGACUAGAUCCUUUCAUUCUUUCCUUCUUAAGGCUAAAGGUUCUGUCUUUUAGGGAACAACUAAGGUUUAGUUGGACAGAGAUUCCUUUGGUGCAGUUUUUUUUUU